CAUUGUUCUCUAGUUGUUCUUCUGUCUACUGUGAACCUCCACCAUCCACCAUGGGUGAUGCUCUGAUGGGCGAGUUUGGGAAGGCUGCUCCUUUUCUGAGGAAGUCGGAGAAGGAGCGUCUGGAGGCUCAGACCAGACCUUUUGACAUCAAGACUGAAUGUUUUGUUGUUGAUGAUAAAGUAGAGUAUACCAAAGGGCAGAUCCUCAGCAAAGAAGGAAGCACAGUGACCGUCAAGAAGGAGGAUGGAUCAACAGUGACGGUGAAGGAGUCCGACGUUCAUCCCCAGAAUCCGCCAAAGUUUGAUAAAAUUGAAGACAUGGCAAUGUUUACUUUCCUCCAUGAGCCGGCGGUGCUGUUUAACCUUAAAGAGCGUUAUGCUGCAUGGAUGAUUUACACCUACUCUGGGCUCUUCUGUGUUACUGUCAACCCAUACAAGUGGCUCCCUGUCUACGACUCUGAGGUGGUGGCAGCCUACAGGGGUAAGAAGAGGAGUGAAGCUCCCCCUCACAUCUUUUCCAUUUCAGAUAAUGCCUACCAGUACAUGUUAACCGACAGGGAGAAUCAGUCCGUCCUCAUCACUGGAGAAUCCGGGGCAGGAAAGACAGUUAACACCAAGAGGGUCAUCCAGUACUUCGCCAGCAUUGCUGCAGUUGGAGGUGGAGCCAAAAAAGACAGCAGCAAGGGGACACUGGAAGAUCAAAUCAUCCAGGCAAACCCAGCACUUGAGGCAUUUGGCAACGCCAAAACUUUGAGAAAUGACAAUUCAUCUCGAUUUGGAAAAUUUAUCAGAAUUCAUUUUGGCACAAGUGGCAAACUGUCAUCGGCCGAUGUCGAGACGUAUCUGCUGGAGAAGUCCCGUGUUACUUUUCAGCUUAAGGCUGAGAGGGACUACCACAUCUUCUACCAGAUCCUGUCCAAUCAGAAGCCUGAACUGUUGGAUCUGCUGCUUAUCACCAACAAUCCAUACGACUACUCUUACAUCUCCCAAGGAGAGGUAAUGGUUGCCUCCAUCAACGACUCUGAGGAGCUGAUGGCCACAGACAGUGCCUUUGACGUGCUAGGCUUCACUUUGGAAGAAAAAACAGCUGUCUACAAGCUGACUGGGGCAAUUAUGCACUACGGCAACAUGAAGUUUAAACAGAAGCAGCGGGAGGAGCAGGCUGAACCGGACGGUACCGAGGCUGCAGAUAAAUCAGCUUACUUAAUGGGGCUCAACUCUGCAGACCUCAUCAAAGGACUGUGCCAUCCCAGAGUCAAAGUAGGAAAUGAAUAUGUUACCAAGGGCCAAAGCGUGGACCAAGUCUACUAUGCCAUUGGUGCCCUGGCUAAGUCGGUGUAUGAGAAGAUGUUCAGCUGGAUGGUGGUGAGAAUCAACCAAUCACUGGACACCAAGCAGCACCGUCAGUACUUCAUAGGAGUGCUGGACAUCGCUGGUUUUGAAAUCUUUGAUUUCAACACAUUUGAGCAGCUGUGCAUUAAUUAUACAAAUGAAAAACUGCAACAGUUUUUCAACCAUCACAUGUUUGUCCUAGAGCAAGAAGAGUACAAAAAAGAGGGAAUCGAAUGGGAGUUCAUUGACUUUGGAAUGGAUCUUCAGGCCUGUAUCGACCUGAUUGAGAAGCCUUUGGGGAUCCUUUCAAUUCUAGAAGAAGAGUGUAUGUUUCCCAAAGCCAGUGACCAGACCUUCAAGGCCAAGCUCUAUGAUAAUCAUCUGGGCAAGAACAAGAUGUUUGAGAAGCCGAGGGCAACAAAGGGGAAGUCAGAGGCUCAUUUUGCCCUGGUUCACUAUGCUGGUACCGUCGAUUACAACAUUGGCGGCUGGCUGGUGAAAAAUAAAGACCCUCUGAAUGAAACUGUGGUUGGCCUUUACCAGAAGUCCUCCCUUAAGCUGCUAAGUCUCCUGUUUUCAAGCUUCUCAGGAGCUGAUAGUGCAGACAAAGGAGGUGGUAAAGGAGCCAAGAAAAAAGGUUCUUCAUUCCAGACAGUUUCUGCUCUUCACAGAGAAAACCUAAACAAGCUGAUGACCAACCUGAAGACCACUCAUCCCCACUUUGUCCGCUGUCUGAUUCCCAAUGAAAGGAAAACUCCAGGGGUCAUGGAUAACUGCCUUGUGAUGCACCAGCUUCGCUGUAAUGGUGUCUUGGAAGGCAUCAGGAUCUGCAGGAAGGGUUUCCCAAACAGGGUGCUCUAUGGCGACUUUAAGCAACGCUACAGAAUCUUGAAUGCCUCUGCAAUCCCAGAAGGCCAGUUCAUCGACUGUAAGAAGAGUGCUGAGAAGCUGUUGGGAUCACUCGACAUUGACCACACCCAGUACAAGUUUGGCCACACAAAGGUAUUCUUCAAAGCUGGGCUGCUGGGAACACUUGAAGAGAUGCGAGAUGAGCAACUCUCCCGGAUCAUCACCAGGAUUCAAGCAAAUGCUAGAGGAAUUCUGAUGAGGGAGAAGUUUGCUAAACUUGUUGAACGCAGAGACGCCCUGAUGGUUAUUCAGUGGAACCUCCGAUCAUUUCUGGGUGUGAAGAACUGGCCCUGGAUGAAGCUGUUUUUCAAGAUUAAACCCCUUCUGAAGAGUGCUGAGGCUGAAAAGGAGAUGGCCAAUAUAAAAGAUGAAUUCAAGAAGGUGAAGGAAGCUCUGGAGAAAUCAGAAGCACGGCGAAAGGAACUAGAAGAGAAAAUAGUAACUCUUCUCCAAGAGAAGAAUGACUUGACUCUGCAGAUACAGUCUGAACAGGACACGCUGACAGACGCUGAAGAACGCUGUGAACAGCUCAUCAAGAGUAAGAUUCAACUGGAGGCCAAGCUGAAAGAGAUGAACGAAAGACUGGAAGAUGAAGAGGAGCUGAAUGCAGAUCUUACGGCUAAGAAACGCAAACUUGAAGAUGAGUGCUCCGAGCUGAAGAAGGACAUUGAUGACCUGGAGCUAACUUUAGCCAAGGUGGAAAAGGAGAAGCAUGCUACAGAGAAUAAAGUGAAAAACCUCAUGGAAGAGAUGGCUUCUCAGGAUGAGAACAUCCUGAGGCUGACGAAAGAGAAAAAGGCACUGCAGGAGGCCCACCAGCAGACACUGGAUGACCUUCAAAGUGAAGAAGAUAAAGCCAACAGUCUGACCAAAGCAAAUGCUAAACUAGAACAGCAGGUAGAUGACCUGGAGGGCUCGCUGGAACAAGAGAAGAAGGUCAGGAUGGACUUAGAGCGCUCAAAGAGGAAGCUCGAGGGUGACCUGAAACUGACCCAGGAAACUCUUAUGGACUUGGAGAAUGACAAGCAGCAACUGGAAGAAAAACUCAAGAAAAAGGACUUUGAGGCCAGCCAAAUAAACUCAAGACUCGAAGAUGAGCAGGUUGCCUCAGUUCAGCUCCAGAAGAAGCUGAAAGAAAACCAGGCAAGAAUUGAGGAGCUGGAGGAAGAACUGGAUGCUGAGCGUGCAGCGCGGGCAAAAGUGGAGAAGCAGCGCUCAGAUCUUUCCCGUGAGCUGGAGGACAUCAGUGAACGUCUGGAGGAAGCUGGUGGAGCCACAUCAGUUCAGGUGGAGCUUAAUAAGAAGAGAGAUGCUGAAUUUCAGAAGCUGCGCAGGGAGUUGGAGGAGUCAACCCUUCAGCAUGAAGCUACUGCCGCCACACUGAGGAAGAAACAUGCUGACAGCGUUGCUGAACUUGGAGAACAAAUAGAUAAUCUGCAGCGUGUGAAGCAGAAACUGGAGAAGGAGAAGACUGAGCUUAAACUGGAGCUGGAUGACUUGGCCUCCAACAUGGAGUGCAUAGUGAAGGCCAAAUCCAACAUAGAGAAGAUGUGCCGUACAAUGGAAGACAACAUGAACGAGUACAAGAGUAAAUACGAGGAGGCUCAGCGGACCGUCAAUGACUUGACAACUCAGAAGGCCAAACUGCUCACUGAAAACGGAGAGCUAGGGCGUCAGCUGGAGGAGAAGGAGUGUUUGAUUUCACAGCUGACGAGAGGAAAGAACUCGUACAACCAACAAGUGGAAGAUCUGCGCAGACAACUGGAGGAGGAGGUAAAGGCAAAGAAUGCUCUCGCACAUGCGUUACAAUCUGCUCGGCACGACUGCGAUCUGCUUCGGGAACAGUUUGAAGAAGAGCAGGAAGCUAAGGCCGAGCUGCAGAGGGCUCUGUCUAAAUCCAAUACAGAAGUAUCAGCAUGGAGAACUAAAUAUGAGACUGAUGGGAUCCAAAGAACAGAGGAGCUUGAAGAAGCAAAGAAGAAGUUGGUUCAGAGACUGCAGGAAGCUGAGGAGGCUAUUGAGGCUGUGAAUGCAAAGUGUUCAUCCCUUGAAAAGACCAAACACCGCCUCCAGAAUGAGAUUGAAGACCUUAUGCUGGAUCUGGAGAGAUCUAACGCAGCCUCCGCAGCCCUGGACAAAAAACAAAGAACCUUUGAUAAAGUCCUUGCAGAGUGGAAGCAAAAGUUUGAGGAGUCACAGUGUGAAUUAGAGUCCUCCCAGAAGGAAGCUCGUUCUCUGAGCACUGAACUCUUCAAACUGAAAAAUGCCUAUGAGGAAUGCUUGGAUCAUCUUGAGACAAUAAAGAGAGAGAACAAGAACCUUCAGGAGGAGAUUUCUGACCUCACUGAACAGCUUGGGGAGGGCGGCCGCAGCGCCCACGAGCUGGAGAAGAUCCGAAAGCAGCUUGAACAAGAAAAGGCUGAACUCCAGUCAGCACUGGAGGAAGCAGAAGGUUCUCUGGAACAUGAAGAGACCAAGAUCCUGCGAACCCAGAUGGAAUUUAACCAGGUGAAGGCUGAAAUUGAGCGUAAACUGGCUGAAAAGGAUGAGGAAAUGGAGCAGGCUAAGAGGAACUACCAAAGGAUGCUUGAGUCUCUUCAGUCUUCUCUGGAGUCUGAGACCAGGAGCAGAAAUGAGGCUUUGAGAGUCAAAAAGAAGAUGGAGGGUGACCUCAACGAGAUGGAAAUCCAGCUGAGCCUGGCCAACAGGCAGGCAGCAGAUGCCCAGAAACAGGUCAAGACCCUUCAGGCUUUCCUGAAAGAUGCUCAGCUCCAGCUGGACGAUGCCCAGCAUGGCAACGAUGACCUGAGAGAAAACACAGCUUUGUUGGAGCGUCGAAACAAUCUGAUCCAGGCUGAGCUGGAGGAGGUGAGGGCUGCCCUAGAGCAGACAGAAAGAAGUCGGAAACUAGCAGAACAGGAACUUACUGAUGCAACAGAGCGGAUGCAGCUGCUGCACUCCCAAAACACCAGCUUGAUCAACCAGAAGAAGAAACACGAGGCUGAUCUGCUCAACCUGCAAAAUGAGCUGGAGGACACUAUACAGGAAAGCCGCAAUGCUGAAGAAAAAGCAAAAAAGGCCAUCACAGAUGCAGCCAUGAUGGCUGAGGAGGUUAAGAAGGAGCAGGACACCAGCGCCCAUCUGGAGCGUAUGAAGAAAAACAUGGAACAGACCAUCAAGGACUUGCAGCACCGCCUGGAUGAAGCAGAGCAGAUUGCCAUGAAGGGUGGCAAGAAGCAACUCCAGAAACUGGAGGCUCGCAUCAAAGAGCUGGAGAAUGAGCUGGAGGCAGAGCAGAAGAGAGGAACCGAGUCCAUCAAGGGGGUUCGAAAGUACGAGCGCCGGAUCAAAGAGCUCACUUACCAGACGGAGGAGGACCGCAAGAACAUGGCCCGUCUGCAGGACCUAGUGGACAAGCUGCAGCUAAAGGUCAAGUCCUACAAGCACACAGCCGAGGAGGCAGAGGAGGCGGCUAACGCCAACAUGGCCAAGCUCCGCAAGCUGCAGCACGAGCUGGAGGAGGCCGAGGAGAGAGCCGACAUCGCAGAGUCACAGGUGAACAAGCUGAGAGCCAAGACCAGGGACGGAUCCGCCAAGAAGGGCCUGGAUGACUGAGGAGGUCUAUAAAUCAGAUGGUUCUGGAUGUCCGGUACCAAACCUGCCACGAUCAUCCCUGCUAACGUGUUUGUGUAUUAUAUUAAGUGUUCCAGUGUUGUUGAGCGUUAGUUUUCUGCGGUUGCACCUUUCACACAGAUAUAAUAAGCUCAUUUUGCAUAAAGUAUUUAAUAUUUUGCUUUAAAAUGGAGAGAUCUAUGCCUUAUGAUUCCAUAAAUAUAUCUAGAAAUAUGUAGACCAUACACAUGAGCCAUAUAUUUGGACAUAUAUUUAUGACAGUGGAUAAUUAAUUUGAUUAUCUGUUUGUGCAUUUUGUAACACUUGUACUAAAUUUGCCACCUCUGCAAACCAGUAAAUUCCAGAUUAGAAGAUGGAGUUAGAGUCGCUGCUUUCUGGGUUUGACAGCUUUUAGUUUGAUGUCUGCUGAGCACUUAAAUCUUCUAUAUGAAACUGAUUCCACCAAAGUGACUUGAGACAUCAGAUUUAUUGCAACGAUGGUUCACCUGUUUGUCCAGAGCUUCUUUUAUUCAACACACAUUUAUGGUGAAAGGCUUCAGUUUGAGCUAAAUAGAAUCUCUGCCAGCCAAUCACUGGGAAGAAUUCACACCUUGUAUAAACUCUGAAGAUCUCCUAAAAGUCAACAUCUCUUCACCUGUUGAAAUUCCUUGUAAGUGUAGGCCUUUAAAAUAAAUGUUUGAUCUAAAGAAGGAGAGCUCAUGUCACCUCAGCUCCUCGGUUCCUCAGCCAGAGGGCUGCUGAACAUGAUGGUGUACUGAUGGUGUACUGUGUGGAAAAAUGAGAAUGAACACUGAUGAUUAUAAAGAACUUGUCUCCAGUUUAUGUUUCGUGGUCAUUGAUAGAACUUGUAUCAUCAGAACCGUUUUAUUGCAGAGUUUUUCACAACCGGUCUUUAUAAGCCCGGUGUUGGAUUAACACCUUGUUAAAGACAACUCUCUUAAAGUGCCAUGACAUUUCAAUCAAGUGGAAGUCUGGGAUUUGACUGGGCCAUUCCAGUACCUUCGUUCUUGUCUUUUUCAGCCAUCCUACUGUAGAUCUGCUGCUGUGUUUGGAUCAUUGUUCUGUUGAUGACCUGGUUUGGACCAAGCAUCAGAUGACCUCAUAAUUGACUCAAUGUAAUUUGAUUAAUUCAUGGCCAGGUGCAAAAUGAGCCCACAUCAUCACACUGCCACCACCGUGCUUGACAGUUGGUUAGAGCUGUUUGUGCUGAUAUGCUGUGUGUGUUUUUUCCAAACACGGUUCUGUGUAAAACAUCUCUGCUUUGGUUUCUGUCCAAACAAAAUGGCCCAAGCCGUGUGGUUCAUUUUUAUGCAAUAUGCCAACCUGAAUAGUUCAGUGUUGUUCUAACUGUCCCAUCGUGAUCCUUAACCUUUAACCUGCUAACUGAGGCCUGUUGAGUCUGGGAUGGAGCUCUUGGGUUUUCGGUCAUUUCCCUGAGCUUCAAGCUCUGACCUUGGGCUGAACCUGCUGGGAAGAUUGGCAGCUGUCUGAGAUGUUUUCCUCCUGGAAAUAAAUAUUUUUCUCAGACAAAUAGUGGACUUUAGAUUGUUUGGAAAUUACCUGAUACUUCUUCCCAGAUUAAUGGGCAGCACCUUCAGUGAGGUCAUCGUUGCUGAUGUCUUUCCAUCUUGGCAUUGUUUUAACAGAUACUUGUGUGGACCAAUUGUUGAUCAUAAUUUUACACACAGCUUUGGCUUAAAAAAUAAAAAUAGUAAGCUUUUAUUUUGAAGGACUAAUGGGAUUUUGGUAGUGACCCGGUUUACCUUCACAGUCUGAGUAUGAACCAGUUGAGGCGUCCCGAUGUGGGUCCAGAGCGGGAUGAUGGGUGGUCCCGGAGGGGAAGGAUCUCCGGUGGUCUUCAGGCCUUCUGCUCGGCUGUGACAUCCACCUACAGUACCUCAGCAUGCGGGAGAAGAAGAGCUGGACCCCGGGGUUCGGACCCGCGGGACGCCGCAAACCGGCCAUCUACGCCGGGGAGAAGAAGGCGCAGCUGCAGGCCAGAGCCAACAAGAAGUGGGUGAGAGUCGCCACCGUGGUGGGGUACGUGCUGGUCGUGUCUCUAGCUGCUGUCCUCCUGGCUGUUUAUUACGGCUUCUUAUGGAAACCCACAUCCAGUCCCGGACCGGCUCCAACCAGCAACUGGACCACGAACGGGACCAGGGAGCUAAAAAGCGGUGCUGCGAGGAAAAGUCAGAAUGAGAAGAAAUGUGGCGUCAAUAACUGUAACAAUAACUGUUUUUCUGAUAAUGAUAAAUCUGUUAAUGAAGAGUUUAUUAACUUUUCUGAGAGAAAACAGGAAACUAACAAAUCUGACAGAACUUCUUCCACUUCCGUCCACCUUGUCUCUACCGGGGCCUCAGAGCCCCCUCAGGCCGCUCAUAGCGUCACCUCUCCGGCUCUGAGUAUCGCAGAGGCGGCGGCUGUCACCGCGGAGGAUCCGUCCAACCUCCCGACCCACCGGAGCACAACAAGCCCGGACCCGGCGGCUGGUGCCCCGGGGACAGAGGCGGACUUCUCCGGGUCCGGAACCGAGGACUGAGAAAUUAUAUUAAAUAAUUACCAAACUUUAUUUUAACCGUCAUCUGUAGACUUAUACACUCCUCACUACUUAAUGCAUGUUUGGUUACAGCCAAAUAAAAUGAUUUUCUUCAAAAUGA